AUGGAUUUGCUUCGCUGGACCAGACAAACGUGGCUACAGACGUUUAUUAUAAUCGCUGGCGUAAACGCGUCAGCGCCAGCAUUCAAUGAAGGAGGCAUACAGCGGCUAUGCGGUGUAGCUACUGACUUGAGCGGUGUAGCCGGGAUCGGUGUCGGUAAGGUAGCCGAUCAGAAAAGACACCUCGAAGCAGCGCUAAAUGCGCAGAAGGCGCUAACAGUGGCCGCUCUGGCGGAACGCAACACAGCAAAAGCAAUGAUUUUCGCACCAGCGGCGGGUAAAGCAGGGCACUGCGCAGUCCAGGCGGCGCAACAGGCGGCAGUUUUAGCGGACAAAGCACUAAUGGCAACCAAAGCAGCAGCAGGCGUGGGCGGCCACAUUACAGGAAUAGUAGAGCUGCUCCUAAAGGCAACAAAACAAACGGACGGAACAGCCGGAAAAUGUAUAGUAAAAGACGACACGGCUACGGCAACGGAGCACAGCACGACAGGAGGUUUGGGCUGCCCAACGACGACAGAUGAACCGACAGCCAGGAAAACUCUAGCAGACUUAAAAAACCUCAAUGAGCAAGGAUUCGCUAAGCUAACGGCGGAAAAGAAAGUAGUGGACGGCACAGCGACCAGCGCGUGCGCGUUUCUAAUCGGGUCAAACAAUCAAGCAACUCACAUCUGGGACCACGGGGGCAGCGACAACAACGCCGUGACAAUUGCACAUGGGAUCCUAAAACUCAAAUUUCACAACACGCAAAGCUCAGAAAGCGCUGUGACGACACAACUAAACGAGCUCGGCACCUGGGGAGCCGGCGGAGACACUGACAAUCACAAGCUGUUUAAGGCGAUUGGGGGCCUGGUUAAGGAGGAUGUACACGCAUGCGGUGAAACUACGGACAAGGCAAUUAAAAAUUUCCUAGAGCCACAGUCGUUAAAAACGUCACUAUCAGAAGCAUACAAAAAAACAGGUGAAAAAACUGCAGAGAAGCAAGCAGAGGAGGAAAUAAACAAGGCAACAGAUAAAGCUAAAGCCACAGCUGACGACCUAAAAGCCAUACUAGAGAAGGUGGAAAUACCAAAACUUAAGGAUGGAGAAAUUACCACCAAAACGCUAAAGCAACUAAACUAUAACGUCGACGACACAGCAAACCUCCUAAGCAGUUUGUUGCAGCUUAAGGCAAAGUCAGAAGCAAGCACAAGCUGCCCUAAGUUUGACCCCAAAGAAGAUGGGAAAAGCUCGACAGAAACAGAUGAAACUUGUGAAACUAAAGGCACAGGAGCCGACUGCAAAGAUGGCUGCAAAGUGGAGGGUACAGACGAAAAUAAAAAGUGCGUAAAUGAUCCGGAUUACAGACCGAAACAGGUAGAGGCGACAAAAAUGUUGGAAGAAAGGAAUGCAAGGACAAAAAACAGAAAGAUUGAAUUGGAAAUUAAAAAUGAGAUGGUAGUGCCUUCAAAGAUUCCAGUUUCCUUGUCAAUAAGAAGUACGCUCUGA